GCAACACCUCCAGCAACAACUGCUGCGGCUGAGGGCUCCACCAACAACAGCAACAGUAACAACAACAACAACAACAACAACAGUUCAGCAUUUGCCUCGUCAUGCUCAACAUUCUCCUCCUCAUCAUCCUCGUCAUCUUCAUCCUCCUCCGCCUGGUCGAACAUUGAGGAUGCGAACAGCAACGGUGGCGCCUCCGCCGACGAAGAGCAUUGCGCCAACGAAGAGGCGCCACAAGCUGCGGCCGCUGCGGCUGCUGCUGCUGCUGCAGCAACGACAUCAUUGAUGAUGACGACAACGCCACGCCCCGUACUCCUAACGGCCGUCAAUGCCCACAUCAUCUGCCACUUGUGCCAAGGCUAUCUGAUCAAUGCGACGACCAUCGUGGAAUGUUUGCACUCGUUCUGCCACAGUUGCCUCAUCAAUCACCUGCGCAAGGAGCGCUAUUGUCCUCGCUGCGAGAUGGUCAUCAACAAUGCCAAGCCCAACAUCAAAUCCGAUACCACACUGCAGGCGAUUGUCUAUAAGCUCGUGCCUGGCCUCUAUGAACGGGAACUCAUGCGUAAGCGCGCCUUCUACAAGGAUCGUCCCGAGGAGGCGGCACUGGCCACGCCCGAACAGCGUGGCGAUGAUACGGAGCAUUUGAUAUUCAGUCCAUCCGAUGAUAUGUCUCUGUCGCUGGAGUAUGCGGAACUUGGUGAAUUGAAUACCGAUUCGGAGCUGGAAUUCGGUGAUACAUUGCGUCCGCGUUAUCUGCAAUGUCCGGCCAUGUGCCGUGUUAGCCACUUGAAGAAGUUCGUCUACGACAAGUACGAGAUUGAUGCCAACAACUUUAGCAUCGAUAUCAUGUACAAGGUGAAGACAAUUGCGCUGCAGGAUUACUAUACGCUCAUGGAUAUCGCGUAUAUCUACACGUGGAAGCGUGAUGCGCCGAUGCGCUUCUUUUUCCGUGUCUACGAGUCCCCCAAGAAGCCACUGAUCAAGCCUGCCCCGGCGGUGGUCAAGCCACAGAUUCUGCCCUUGAAGCAGGAGCGUGUGUCUCCAGCAGCCACGCCCCCUCCGGCGCCUUUGGCCAUCAAAGUGCCCACGCUGUCGCCGCCAGCGCUUCUGGCAGCAGCUCCAGCCAACACUCCGUCUCCUGCUCAAUCGCCACGCAUCAAAGUGGAGCAAACCCAGGACGAAUUUCGCAUUGCGCCCAAAUUGCAUUCACCCACUGACCAGUCGCUCAAGAUGGUCAUCAAUCGCAAUGUGGUGGAGAAGCCCGAGAAGCCUGAGAAGCACUCGCAUCAGCAUCAUCAUCAUCAUUCGCCAAAGUCGAGCUCCAAGAGUCCGACCACCAAGUGCCCGCCUCAGUCGCCCGUCGGCUACAACAAGGAGGAGCCCAACAUCAAGCUAAAGAUUGAUCUGUCCAAGCACAAUAGCGUCACCAUCAUCAACAUGUCCGAUCCGGAUCGCAAGGAGAUUGUCAAGCCGCUCAAGCCGGAGAAGGAAUCGCGCUCCAAGAGCAGAAAAGACAAGGAUGGCAGUCCGAAGUCAUCCUCCAACGGCAGCAGCCCCUCCUCCUCUUCCAGCGAGCGCAAGCGCAAGAGCCCCUCCCCAUUGACCGUGCCGCCCCUCACCAUUCGCACGGAACGCAUCCUGAGUCCCAAUGGAGUUAGCACCGUGCUCAGCCCGCGCGUCACUAGCGGCGCCUGCCUGGAGGAUCCCAAGUCCGAGUUCCUCAAGUCGUUUGCUCUGACGCCCAUCAAGGUGAAAGUCGAGUCGCCGGAGAAGCAAUCGCAGUCAAAGAUUAGCGUAGCAUCCGCUGCUGCUGCUGCUGCUCCAGCACCGAACAACAAAUCCAAGUCCCACCUGGACGAUAGUCUGCUGAUGAAGCCGCCCAGCGCCAUGCCGCCCAAGUCCAUAGCCUCCUCCAAGCGCAAGAGCAAGGAGCCCGUCAAGGCACUCUCCAAGAAGCCCAAGCUGUCGCCUCCGCUGCCUCGUGAGGACUUUAAGAUACGCCUGCCCGCGCCCAUUGUCAACGCCAGCAACGGGCCGACCGCGGACAAACCGCUGAUGCCCCCGCCUCCUGCCAAGCCUCCACUAGCACGCAACAGCAGCAGCAGCAACAGCAAGCUGGCAAAUGGACCACAGACGCCACAGCUGCCCAUCUACGCGCCCCAACAUCACGCACAUCCACUGCAGCAGCCACAGCAGCAGCAGCAACAACAACAGCAGCAGCAGCAACCACAUUUCGCACCACCGCAAGGACAUCAUGCAGGACUGCAAAUGUCAGCACCGGGCAAUCGCACGCCCAUUGCCAAGCGCUAUCAGCCAAUUUUGCCAAAGGCAGCGCGUCCGAAUCCUUUCGCCAAUAUACCCAGCGAUGUGAAUCGUUUGCUCAAGGAUGCGGGCACCGAGAUCAAGACAAUUGGUGGUCAGAGCAAGACGCACGUGUAUGGGCCGAAGCAAGGUGAACACAAAAUGGGACCGCCGCCAGUGCCCAAGACAAACAACAACAGCAACAACAACUCUGGCAACAACAACACCAACAACAAGUCGAGCAACUAUCUAAACCUGGCCUUGUACAACUUCAGCAAAUCGAAGGGCAAAGAGGCGCCGCCCGGCUGCCGCACGCCCAUGUACACGCCCAAUUCGCCCAUCUAUUCGCCCAGUUCGCCGCAAUAUGUGCCCAACUAUAAUAUACCGACCAUGCCCACCUACAAAUACACGCCCAAGCCGACAAACACGGCCGCGACGGCAUCGUCAAAUGCCAGCGCCUAUUUGCAGAGCAUGCUGAAUGGAGCUGCGGGCGGUGGCCUGGGCGCUUGCGGCCUGUUCCCCAGUCCGCCCAUCAAGGCGGACCAGAACACCAAUCCCGCCGCCGAGGAUGCGCCCGAGAAGCAGCAGGUGAAGGUGAAAUCGCUGCUCAACUCGUGCAACAUCAAUAUACCCUCAUCGCUGUCGAUAACCAUAUCGCGUGACAAUGGUGACGCCUCCUCGCCCAGCAAUGGGGCGCAUGCCAAGCACAAGAGUCCCGUUAACAAUUACAUUGAGAUUGUCAAGCUGCCCGAUCAGCCAGCCCUGGACAAGGAGAAAGAGAAAGAGAAGGAGAGAGAGAGGGAGAGGGAGCGCGAGAAGGUAACGUCCAUGGCGCCUGUGAAACUUCCCGCUCCGCCAAGCAAGACAAUACCCUCGCCGCAGCAUCUGCUGGCACGGCUCACGCCGCCCUCCGCUGUGACCACUGUGCCGCCCAAGACGUCGCCCAAGGCCACGCCCACGCCCACGCUGAAGCCGCUGCAGCAGCCCGCGCAAAUGGAGGGCAAGAAGACGCCCAGCCCAGAGAAGCGCCAGCACUCGCCCAAUGCAGGCGAGAAUAAGUCGCCCAAGGCGGGGCAAGCGGGAGCUGGCGGAGCAGGCGCUGCCUCAACGGCCUGCGGCGAGACGGCGGCCAAAAAGUUUCGACCCAUUUUGCCGCGUCAGAACUCGGCUGCAGCUAAUGGCAACACGGCCGAGCUGCCUGCCGCAAAGCUGCAACAGUUGCCGGCUCCUGCUAAUGCUGCUGCUGCAGCCGCCGCCGCCGCUGCCUCUGCCUACAACUUUGCAAACAACCAGAACAACAACAACAAAGCUAACAAGGUGCCCGCCAGCAAAAAGUCGCCCAACAAUGCGCAUGCCAAUGCCAAUGGCAUUGCCAGCCAGGCCCUGAUCAAGGCCAACGCGGCCAAUGCAGCCAAGCGCAACAGCAGCGGCAAUAACAAACAUCAUGCCGGCGGCCCGAACAACUCGAAUCUGAAACUGAUGGCACCGCCGCCUCAUCCGCAUCCGCACAUGAAUGCGCCGCUGAGCAUCGCCUCGAGCGCCAAUCAGCUGGACUUGAACUUCUUCAAGGAGAAUCUGAUGCGCGCCCAGGCGGCGCAGGUGGCGGCGGCAGCAACGAAUCCCUCGAAUCUGCUGUUCAACUUUGCGCCCGCCGUCUAUCAGCAGGCCUGCCUCAUGGAGCAGCUGUCGCGCAUGCAGCGUGCCGGCCACGAGGUGUUCAACGAUUACCUGCAGAAGGUGCGGAGUGCAGCCGGCGGUGGCAACGAGGGCGCUGGCGGCGGUGAGCAGCGGCAGCAGCAGGUGAUGCCCAUGCUGCCCAAUGUGACGCUGCCAACGCCGCCAACGUCCACGCAUCAUCAGCCUUUGGCAUCGGCGGCCAGUCCCAAAAGCUCGCCACAUGCGGCGACCAAAUUGACGCCAGCAGCGACGCCGAAAGGCAACGGCAACAGCAGCGGCAGCAACAGCGGCAGCACUAAAUGGAUAUUUGAGGCUGAUAAGCAGAGCCGGGAUUCCAGCUUCCAUCAUGUGUUCCAAUCCAAUCGAGAGAUGCCUCGAGUCUGUGCCAACGAGCACGCCCUGCUGAGUCGUGCUGCAGUGACCGACAGCCAAUCAAAACGUCGGCACAUUCGUGCAGCGCACCAAUCGCCGUACGCCACUAAGAAGCGACCAAUGCGUUGUGAGCGUUGCUGUGUCGUAAUCGUAGCGUGUGGAGAGCUUCGUACACGAAGAGUCAUGAGACAUGGCAACUCUACAACAGUCUACAACUGGUGA